AUGUUGCGGAAUGAUCCCAAGUACAUUUCCAAACUACAAGAGGAAGUGAACGUAUUGCGCGAAUUGCGCGGGCAUGACAACGUCAUUCGCCUCUACGACGUUUUUUGCGUCGAUAACGAACUUUUCAUAAUUACAGAACUGGGUCGUGGCGGAGAUUUGUUCCAUUUGCUCACCACCCACCCCAAACACGGAGUCACCGAAUCUUACGCUGCCAAAACGGUAUCGGAGAUGCUUUCGGCCGUUUCCUUUUUGCACUUGCGCAGUAUUUGUCACCGCGAUCUAAAACUAGAGAAUUGGGUGCUCGAGUCUGGCAAAGAUGUCUGGAGCUCGCUCAAGUUGAUUGACUUUGGACUCUCUACACACUAUACUCCUGGACAACGUCUCAGUCGGGUUGUUGGAUCAUCCUACUACGUGGCCCCGGAAGUCCUCAAAAAGUCCUACACCGAAUCGUGCGACUUGUGGUCCCUAGGAGUCAUUGUGUAUAUGUUGCUUUCCGGGGCGCCCCCGUUUUACGGAAAGAAUGACGAAGCCAUCAAAGCUUCCAUCGUUCAAGGUGAAUAUACCUUUCCGCACGAACUCUUUCGGGACGUGUCCGACGAAGCCAUGGCGUUCGUCUCCACCUUGCUCAGCUAUAACAUUGAAUACCGCUACACUGCUGAUCAAGCCUUGACGCACCCAUGGUUGGCC